CCGUUCAACAAGGCUUCUGCAGACACCAUACUCCGCACUGUCGAUCGCGUUGACUUCCGUGUCCGCCGAAGUAUCCUCGCCGAGGCAUCUCCUUUCUUCGAGGACAUGUUCUCCCUCCCCCAGCCGAUCGCCCCCAUCGAUGCAAACGGCAAUGGAGCGAAUGCGAUUCCCAUUGUCCACGUGUCAGAAGACAGCAAAACCCUCCGAAUGCUGUUGCUGCUGUGCUACCCGGUGAACAAGCCGGACCUGGUGUCGUUGGAGGAGAUCGUCCCGGUGCUCGAGGGCGCACAGAAGUACGUCAUGGAAUGGCCCGUCACCCUCCUCUCUCGGAUGCUUCUAGCCCUCGUCCCCGCCCAUCCUCUCCGCGUAUGGGCCGUCGCCUGUCGAACGGGGCUGCAGGACGUUGCCCGAUGCGCGGCCAAGGAGAUCAAGAAACUCUCCCCUGACCAUGCCUCGACUUCCCCUUUCUUUGAGCCUGCCCUCAGAAAGAUGGUGGAGAGUUUGGGGGGUAAUGUGUUCGAUAGAGUCACCGCCGGCCAGUUCUUCCGUCUUCGGGAUUAUCUGCGGUCGCCAAGUAAAUAUACGGAGUUUUGUCUCAGCCAUCCCACCUCUCAGGCCAUUCAACAGAAGGCGGUCGUGGUGCCGCAGAAACUCUCUCAGCCAUCACUGGUAGCAGUGGGACCAGCGUUUCCUCCUCACGACAUCAUAGUAGAAUCUGCAGAAGGCGUACAGUUCAAGGCGCACCAGCUCGCGCUGGCCCAAAACUCCCCCAUUCUCUCAGCUCGCGUAGCGUCGGUGCUGUCGAAACACCACACACAACAGGGAUCCGACAUUGACCCGUCCUCCUCACUUCCCUGCUUGGCUUUGGACAUCCCGUCACAGACACUGUCCCCCUUACUUCUCCUCUGCUACGGGGAAAACGUCGACAUGGGCCUCGAAGAGUCAGUCACUGUCAUCGUCGAAGCGGACAAGCUCAAAAUGACCCGCAUAUCGGUGCUCGCCAAGAAACGUUACAGCGACGGCUGGGCUGUCCGUCGACCGGUUAGUGCCUACUUCGAGGCGAUAUCGCAAGGCGCGGACCCUGGCAUUGUGCAGGAUACACUCCGAAAGAGCGUCGAGGGGUCAUGGCUCGAGACAUCAUACUCAUACUCCGCGAACAUGGAACGCACCCCCGCACUAGCGUACUGCCGCUUGCUCGAGUACCAUGAAGCGUGUGCUAAUGCCGCAUGCGCAAGUAUCCUGGCCGCUCGAUCCCAGUUCUUGCCCGAUACCACUACCCUUGGCUCCCCAGACGUGGCGCCAGCUCUCCACCCAGCGACCUCGGCGCCGUGGUUGAGCGCGCUCGACCGCACUACCCUUGGCUCCCCAGAUGUCGACGGCUCACCGUCAGCUCUCCGGCCAGCGACCUCGGCGUGGAUGCGGGAGAGGCUCACCCUGGCUCACACGGAGAUCAGCCGCAACACACGCGCUCCAGGGGGCAGCUUCGACGACCUCAGCGUAGGAGCACUGUUGAGAGCGCUCGACCGCAGUGCGCACCCCGGGUGCUAUGGCAUCGACUACAGCGAACUUGCGUCUGCUGAAAGUCUACGCGACCCUUCCUCAAGAAAUCAGCGACGCUGUUUCCAAAGUAAGUCUAUGCUUUCACAACGUUCGAUGGCCUUGUCAUUUACUAUAUUCUCUUGCCAGGUACCUCUGCCCGUGACUUAG